AUGUCGCUGUCUACCGCCGUUUUUGGUGAAAGAAAGGCUGUGGAGAUCUUUGAUGAGUUUGCUUCGGGAAAAAGUGGUGAGCCUCAAUUGUCACUUAAAGAGUUUACAGCCAUUUUCGCUCCCUUCAAACUUGACGAUGUUGCCGAGCAAUCGUACUCUCUUUUGUAUCUUUUGGCCGAUAAAUCCAAGAAGGGUUAUGUGAAUAAAACCGACUUUGUUGAUUUCAUUAAGACCAUUACGUCAGAUGAUGGAGAAUUCAAAUUGUUAUUUGAUUAUUUCAGCCGUGGAUCAGACAAAAUCACUUAUGGGAAUUUGGUUGAUUCUCUAAGUAAAAUUAACCUGUCAAUAGAUCCUUCAUAUCAUCCUAAGACCAAUAAAUUGAAUUGGAAAUACUUGGAUCGGUUUUUUGAAUCUUCUGCUAUGGAAUUUUCAGACUUUGUUUCUCUCAUCAAUUAUUUACCAGUGACUAAAUUGAUUGGUGGAUUUGACAUUAUGAAUAAUCAAGAUGGUUAUAUCACCAAGGAACAAUUGGUUUCACUUUUAACCAAUAAUUUGAACCAUAAAUUGUCUCAUAAAAUGAAGGUUAAUUUAGACACGUUACCGGAAUUCUUCCAUAAGGAUAAGUUCACAUUAUCCAAUGUUCUCCUUAUAUAUAAUGCUUUAUCUAAAGUUGAUUUGAUCAAUGAAGUGGUUGCUAACACCCCACCGGAAUCUGCUGAUGUUGAUGAUAUUGUUAUGACCAAAAAUGAUUUAUAUGUUCAUUUGAAUGAUCAUUUAUUGAAGUCUUCCAAUUUCAAGCCAAUCACCACCAUGGAAAUUGAUUUAUUGUUCUUUUUAAUUGAUAAAGAUCAUAAGGAAAUCUCCAGAAGAGAAUUGAUUUCUGUCCUUAAUCCAAAUUAUUACAAUAAUGUGGCCACUUUAUAUUCAGUCUUUCAACAUCCAGCUUCCAAACCGGUUCAAGAUGAUAAUUUUUCACUUUUACCUAUUUUUGAUUCACUUUAUUCCUUCUUUUUAGGGUCAAUUGCUGGGUGUAUUGGUGCUACUGUGGUUUACCCCAUUGAUAUGGUUAAGACCAGAAUGCAAGCUCAACGGAAGAAUGCCUUGUAUAAGAAUUCACUUGAUUGUUUUAAGAAGAUUGUGGCUCAAGAAGGUAUUAAAGGGUUAUACUCCGGUUUAGGAGCUCAAUUGGUUGGUGUUGCUCCUGAAAAGGCCAUUAAAUUGACAAUUAAUGAUUUGGUUAGAGGAAUUGGUACCGAUAGUGAAACUGGGAAAAUCACCAUGCCUUGGGAAAUUCUUGCUGGUUCAUCUGCUGGUGCUUGUCAAGUGAUUUUUACCAACCCAUUGGAAAUUGUUAAAAUUAGAUUACAAAUGCAAGGUAACAAAGAGAAGGCAUCAUUGAAGCUGGGAGAAAUUCCUCAUAAACAUUUAAGUGCUGGACAAAUCGUUAAACAAUUGGGGAUGAAGGGGUUAUAUAAAGGUGCUAGUGCAUGUCUUUUAAGAGAUGUUCCAUUUUCCGCCAUUUAUUUUCCAACUUAUGCCAAUUUGAAGAAAUACUUAUUCAAUUUUGAUCCUGAAGAUCCAACUAAAAACCAUUCGUUAGAUAGUUGGCAAUUGUUGGUAGCUGGUGCCAUGGCCGGUGCUCCAUCUGCUUUCUUUACUACUCCAGCAGAUGUGAUCAAGACCAGAUUACAAGUUGAAUCCAAGAAACAUGAAACCAAAUAUUUGGGUAUUACUCAUGCUGCUAGAACCAUUUUAAGAGAAGAAGGCAUUGGAGCCUUUUUCAAAGGGUCUAUUGCACGUGUUUUCAGAUCAUCACCUCAAUUUGGUUUCACAUUAGCUUCGUAUGAACUUCUUCAAAAACUAUUCCCCUUACACCCAGCCCAAACCAAAGAGUCCAACUUUAAAGCAGUGGUUGGGUACCCUGCAGUGUAUGACUUGACAAACGAACAAGCAUAUCUGAAGAACAGAACUUGUUAUUUGAAUAGAGACGAGUUCUUCAAGUUGAAGGGGUUAAAGUCUGUCACGUCUGAUACCGACACCACCAAGGCCAAGCUUUCAGAUGCUUUGAUUAAGCUACCAACAGAAUACAUUUACAAGUCUCAAGAUGCUUUGAAGUUGUUGAUGGAUAUCGAUUACAAGUUUGGAAACUUCAAUUAUGAUGCUUACCAAAAGUACAUUGCUAAGAAAUGA